AUGAAGAAACGAAGAAAAAUCCUAGCACACAGAUUCAAGAUGCAAAUUUUCGUUAAGACCCUCACUGGCAAGACCAUCACUCUCGAAGUUGAGAGUUCAGAUACCAUAGACAAUGUUAAGGCCAAGAUUCAAGACAAGGAAGGGAUCCCACCUGACCAGCAGCGUCUCAUUUUUGCCGGCAAACAACUAGAGGAUGGCCGUACCCUUGCUGAUUACAACAUACAGAAGGAAUCUACACUCCAUUUGGUGCUCCGUCUCCGUGGUGGGAUGCAAAUCUUUGUGAAAACUCUCACUGGAAAGACCAUCACCCUUGAGGUCGAGAGCUCUGAUACCAUUGACAAUGUCAAAGCCAAGAUUCAGGAUAAAGAGGGCAUUCCACCCGACCAACAGAGGCUUAUCUUUGCUGGCAAACAGCUUGAGGAUGGCAGAACUUUAGCAGAUUACAACAUUCAGAAAGAGUCAACUCUCCAUCUUGUGUUGCGUCUUCGUGGUGGUAUGCAGAUUUUCGUCAAGACUCUUACUGGCAAGACAAUUACUUUGGAGGUAGAGAGCUCAGACACAAUUGACAAUGUGAAGGCUAAGAUACAGGACAAGGAGGGUAUUCCCCCAGACCAGCAGAGAUUGAUUUUUGCGGGAAAGCAGCUUGAAGAUGGCCGAACUUUGGCCGAUUAUAACAUUCAGAAGGAGUCCACCCUUCACCUUGUUCUUCGUCUGAGGGGAGGCAAAAAUACAAGACAAGGAGGGAAUCCCACCAGAUCAGCAGAGGUUGAUCUUUGCUGGAAAGCAAUUGGAGGAUGGAAGGACCCUUGCGGAUUACAACAUUCAGAAGGAGUCUACACUUCACCUAGUUUUGCGCCUUCGUGGUGGAAAUUAAGAAAUGGGGAGGACACAUUUGUGUGGCUAGGUCCUUGGUAUGAGAACUUAUCUCUUAAGGAUAGAUUCCCUGUAUGCAACCUGUCAAGAAAAAAAUUUAAGAGUAAAGGAUCUGGCAUAUAG